GCGGGGAGAUGUACGGGGCAUCCUUCUCCAUUUCGACUCUGCUAGUUGGUGCAUCGGUUAUGUCCAUUGACGCCAAUGUCGAUCCGUCCUUUUAUCCCCAGAUCUCUCCAGGAAGUUACCUCGCCCAGAAACCAUGUUAAAGAUACCAGUCAUCCCUAAACUUGCCACUUCAGUACUCAUUAGCAUCUUUUCUCUCUAAAGCAUAACUGAACAGACUAAGGCCACAACCUAUUAGUCUCUGCUAUGCUAAACAGGCAUGGCUCACAAAAAGAUGAAGCUUCGAAUGAAGAUGUCAUGAUCCCUAUAGCCGUUGAUGGCGCUGUGGAGGUGGCGGUUCAGAAUGUACCUCUGCAAAACGAUCCACGAUACCCAUCCACGCCUGAUGCCAAUGGCAUUGAACAUCGAUACUUGACCUUUGAAACAGAUAUUCCACUGAAUCCGGUACUACCAUCCGGGGCCAAGAAUGAGCUUCCACCCUGUCCAAAUCUGCGCGAUUACGACAACCCAUUCACCUGGUCGCUCACCCGGAAGAAUCUCAUGACUUAUCUCUCCUGCUCAGUCAAUAUCACUGCUGCCUACUCCGCCGGCUCUUAUGCUUCGCCGACAGCACAGUUGACUGAAAAAUGGGGGAUCUCUGCCGUGGCAUACAAGACUGGCAUUACUAUCUUUACAGCCGGGUUUGGAAUUGCUCCUAUGGUGCUGGCACCAUUCUCAGAGAUCAAUGGAAGGAGACCUGUCUUCAUCUUUACCGGAAUCCUCUUCGUCAUAUGUCAAAUUGGCUGCGCAGUGACCGACUCGUUUGCAGGGAUGCUGCUGGCUCGAUUCUUCCUCGGUGUUGGAGGGUCUACAUUCUCUACCAUGGUCGGCGGCAUUCUCGCAGAUGUUUGGGUCACAGCUGACCGCAAUGGUCCCAUGGUCCUCUUCACGGGAGCAACCUUGUUUGGUACCGGUCUAGGGCCUUUGGUAUCCGGUUUCGUUGCACAGCGCACUUCAUGGCGUUGGGUGUUUUGGAUACAGGUCGUCACCAGCGGUACCUUGGUCAGUCUUGUCACCAUUUUCUUCAAGGAAACGCGGGGUAGUAUCAUUCUCAGUCGCAAGGCGAAGUUGCUAAACAAGUGGUACGAGCAACUGGAGGCCGCAGGAGCCCUGGGAAUGGAGGUGGAGGGCGAUAGCCUAGACCCAGAAAAGAGCUUGAAGAGGUAUUGUCGAAUCCGGUGGAAGGUGAAAACAGACGAAGAACGAUUGUCGCUAAGCCGAAUGAUCGCGGUCUCCCUCUAUCGACCUAUUCACAUGCUAGUCACCGAGCCUGUGGUCUUCUGGUUCAGUCUCUGGAUUGCAUUUUCCUGGGCGGUACUGUACCUCCAAUUCGGGUCGAUUCCUCUAGUCUUUGAAGUCAAUCACGGCUUCAACCUAGAGCAGACCGGAGCCAUAUUUACAGCCAUGUGCGUCGGAGCGAUUAUCUCCACGAUCCUGAGCAUCUGGCAGGAGAAAUGGGCGGCUAAGCACUACCCGGUCAAGAUCAACGGCAGCCCAGAAGGGAGGCUGAUGUUCACCUGCAUCGAAUCGGCUUUUAUGCCAAUUGGCUUAUUUUGGUUCGGUUGGACAUGUUACUCCUCCAUCCACUGGAUUGUGCCCACGAUUGCCAUCGGGGUCGCCACAAUGGGCAUCUUCAGCAUCUUCCUCGGAACCUUCAACUACACAGCGGACUGCUAUCAUAUGUAUGCGAGCUCGGCCCUUGCAGCUUCGGGAGUCUGUCGAAACUUACUGGGAGGGUCGUUCCCACUGGUGACAAAUCAAUUGUUUACAAACCUUGGGUUCCAGGCUGCGAGUAGCCUCUUGGGCGCCAUCGGGCUCGCGUUGACUCUCGUACCUUGGGUCCUUGUCCUGUACGGACCGAAGAUCAGGGCUAGGAGCAAGAUUGCGAGCUCAUUCACUUGAGACAGCAUUGUUUGACUACUGCCUAUGACUUUAGCGAGUUCAGCAUAACCUGGAUUGAAGUAUCGCCCAGCCAAUUUUUGAGGGAAAGAGCCUCCACCCUCGGAAUACCAGGCCUUAAUCUUUUGGCCAGAGGGCAGAGAAAUGUCAACGAGAGAGGUUAAGCUACUAGUCCUCACUUCCGACAAUCGCAACAGACAAGCCACAUCGAUAGCAAUCUCUGCAGGGGGAGGACCAUGCUGACGACUGCAAAACUUGCCAGGGUUGAAGUCCGAUAGAGCUUCACGACCCGAUAUUAUGGGUUUCGUUCUGACUCUCUCAAAUUCCAUCAUAUUUGAUAGCUCGCCUCGCCGAACCUUCACUACCUGCGUGAAUUGGUAGUACAUUCUCGGGUGAGCUGAGUGAGGACGGGAGCCAUGGAAUGCUAUCAUGGAGAGAAAGGCGGAGUGGAACCCAAUGGAUUAUGGCAGGACUUUUGUUCAAGAUUGUAGUAUAUACAACAGGCGCACGCGGCAGAAUUGGUUAGUCGCAAACGCCACAACAACUGCAGGUCAGCUUCCAGGAUCUGGCCGGACUAAAAAUCCUC